AUGAAGAUGAUCCGUUUCAUUCUGCUGCUCGCGGCUGCGGCCUUGGCCGUAGCUCAGAAGGACCCCCACUAUGCCUCGGGGCGUUCAACAAUGGUACAUCUCUUCGAAUGGAAGUGGGAUGAUAUCGCUGCCGAAUGUGAAAGGUUCCUUGGACCUAGAGGAUUUGGUGGGAUCCAGAUUUCGCCACCCAACGAAAAUUUGGUAAUUUGGUCACAGAAUCGUCCAUGGUGGGAGAGGUAUCAACCGAUUUCCUAUAAAUUGGUUACCCGUUCUGGAAAUGAGCAGCAGUUUGCCAACAUGGUUCAGCGAUGUAACAAUGCAGGUGUAAGAAUCUAUGUGGACGCCAUCAUUAACCACAUGACGGGUACCUGGGGUGAGAAUGUGGGCACAGGUGGCAGCACUGCUAACUUUAAUGAGUGGCAUUAUCCUGGUGUGCCUUAUGGAAGCAACGACUUCAAUUGGCCGCAUUGCGUCAUUUCUGGCAAUGAUUAUGGCUGCUGUCCCGACAGAGUCCGCAACUGUGAACUUUCCGGGUUAAAGGAUUUAAAUCAGGGUUCCGAAUAUGUUCGAACCCAGAUUGUCAACUACAUGAACCAUCUCAUCAAUUUGGGUGUUGCUGGAUUUAGAAUUGACGCUGCAAAACACAUGUGGCCCGGAGACCUUAGUGUUAUCUACAACAGGUUAAACAACCUAAACACCAACCAUGGUUUCCCAUCUGGUGCUCGUCCGUACAUAUACCAAGAAGUCAUCGAUCUUGGUGGUGAAGCUAUUCGCAGAGAAGAGUACACACCACUUGCUGCAGUUACAGAGUUUAAAUUUGGAAUGGAAUUGAGUCGAGCUUUCCAAGGAAAUAAUCAGCUCAGAUGGUUAACCAACUGGGGUCCUGCUUGGGGUCUUCUUGAAAGUGGUGACGCACUUACCUUUAUCGAUAACCACGAUAACCAAAGAGGACACGGAGCAGGGGGAAAUAUUCUUACUUAUAAACAAUCUAAACGGUAUAAAGGAGCUAUUGCUUUCAUGUUGGCACAUCCAUAUGGGCAGCCUCAAUUGAUGAGCAGCUAUGACUUCUGGGACACUGAGGCUGGACCACCAAUGGAUAGCUCGGGUAACAUUGUAUCCCCAUCUAUUAAUUCUGACGGCACAUGCGGCAACGGUUGGAUUUGUGAACACCGAUGGCGCCAGAUUUUCCAGAUGGUUGCGUUCAGAAAUGUAGCUGGCAAUACCGGUGUCAACGACUGGUGGGAUAACGGUAGUAACCAAAUUGCUUUCUGCCGCGGUGGCCAAGCUUUCAUUGCUUUCAACAACGACAACUGGGAUCUGAACCAAAACUUACAGACCUGCCUGCCAGCUGGUUCAUACUGUGACGUGAUAUCUGGUGAGAAGACGAACAACCAAUGUACUGGCAAAACCAUCAAUGUUGGUAGCGAUGGCCGUGCUAACAUCUACAUUGGUGCUAACGAGUACGACAUGGUUCUUGCCAUACACCGCGGUAGUGAGUCGAGGCUAUAA